AUGGCCGCCAACAACAAGGGCAAGAUGCAAAACCUCAUCAAUUACCGGAUGAGGGUUACUUUGAACGAUGGACGACAAAUGACCGGUCAGAUGCUGGCUUUUGACAAGCACAUGAACCUCGUCUUGGCCGACACAGAAGAAUUCCGUCGUAUCAAGCGAAAGUCAAAGCCCGCGGCCGGUUCCUCAAACGCGCCCCUCGUCGAAGCGGAGGAGAAGCGAACCCUUGGACUCACCAUUGUUCGUGGUACUCAAGUCGUCUCUUGCUCCGUCGAUGGCCCUCCUCCUGCCGACCCCUCUACUCGUCUCGGUGCCGGUGGUCCUGGCCCUGUCGGCGCUACAGCUACCCUUGUCACUGGUCCCGGCAUCAGCAAGCCCGCUGGUCGUGGCCUGCCCAUCGGGCUCGGUGGCCCCGCUGCUGGUGUCGGUGGACCUCCUCCUCCUCCUGGAGCGUUUGGUGGCUUCCCCCCGGUGGCUUCCCAGGUGCACCUCCUCCUGGUUUCGCUGGCCGCGGAGGACCCCCGGCGGACCUCGUAA